AUGAAACGCCAAACGAUUUUGCUACGAUUUCCCGCCGCCUGCCUUCAAAUAGUAAAAUAAUAAAUAAUUUUCGUCAAAAUCUUGCUUAUCACUUAACAAAAGUUAUUUCUUGUCAUCAGUUAAUAGAGAAAGUUCAAAAUGUGGAACGACCAAUCAGUAGCCGGCGGUGGUUUUUUCAAUUCUCCGGGUCAGUUCGGGAAUGUGGCUACCCCAAACCAGGGUCAGAAAACGGGCAGAAGAGCGUCGCGGACGGCUCCUAUUGUUAUAAGACAAGCUAUACAUUGUGGAGAUGAUGGGAUUAAAAUUUGGGGUACAGAAAUUCAGAUAGUUUCCAUUGUUGCUCGCAUAAGAAACAUUAGAAUCCAAAGUACUAAAAUCACAUACACUAUUCAAGAUAUCACAGGUAGAAUGAGAGCUGUGUUAUGGCUUGAACAGAAUGAAGAUGAUAAAACAACACCAAAAGUGCAGGUUAAUGAUUAUGUUCAGAUUUAUGGCAAUGUAAAGACAAACAAAGGCAAGAAAGUUUUAAUGGCAUUCAAAAUAAUGCCAGUAACAGAUGUCAAUGCAAUCACAUUCCAUUAUCUACAGUGUAUCCAUAAUAAAGUGAAGAUGGAGGCCGAUUCUAAAAAGGAGAAAGUUGUUAAUAAUAAUGUUACUGCAUCAAGUGGAUUACCUGCGAAUUCAAUGGUUGGAUUAACUGAUAGUAGUGUCUCAGUCAACGGACUGAAUCCUCGACAAAUGAUGGUUUUUAAUCUAAUACGUGCCUGUUCAUUGGAGCAAGGAAUUAGUAAACAGGAUAUGUAUGACACUUUGAAGGACCGUAUGUCACAAAUGGAAUUUGAGAAUAUUUUGGAAUGGAUGUGUGGAGAGGGACAUAUUUAUUCAACAAUUGAUGAGGAACAUUUUAGGGCUACUGACGCCUUCUGAAAUACCUGAUGUCUGUUAAUUAAAGCUGCUAAUAAAGCAAAGUCCAUCAUUCUC